UAACGACACUAGAUGUACAUGUUCAUUUAACAUAUACUGUCAAAAUGCAUUUAAAACGCAUCUGCAGUCUCCUCCAUCAGUUAUAUUUCAUUGGAACAUUUGCCGUUGCAGAUCCACAUCCUUUCCAGGAAUCCGAGAUUGUUUUUCCGCAGGUUUUUCCAGACACAGGUCCACCCGCUCCUGACAAACCCUAUAGCGGAGAGACUGACUCGAUCGCCGGUAGCAGCUCUCGUGAGGCUCGUUCCACUUCUAACUGGGAAGAAUACGAGUCUUCAGAGCUAUACCGUUGGGAACAUCCAGGAUCGCAAACGGUCCCUUCUUCAGGGCUGAGACUCAAAAUGCCUGCUUUUGGCAGGGACCUGCACCUCGUCUUAAAGAGAGACUCGCGGUUUCUGUCCCAGAAAUUCGUGGUGGAGAGAAGACAGAAAACACGAAAGUCCUCUCGGCACAGUAUGCCGGUUUCGUCCGCUGCCAACGCAGAAGAGAGGGAGUGCUAUUACAGCGGGACUGUUCUCAAUUACACAGGAUCUAUCGCCUCGUUCAGCACCUGCGCAGGGCUGAUGGGCUUCAUUCAGCUUAAUGAGGACUUCCUCUACAUCGAACCUGUCAAUCAAACCCUAACCAUCACGGGACAGGCUCACCGCAUUUACAGAAGGAAGCGUUCCGGCCCUGAGGAGAGACAGUCAGCAAACAAGCAGUCGGACAGACAGACCAGUGCCAACUACUGCGGAGUCAUCCCAGAAAGACUGAAGAGCAAGAACAGGAAGCCGUCUGAAGGUGCCAGAGGAAAACGGUACUCGUAUAAACUUCUCCCCGAGUACGACGUGGAGACUCUGGUGGUGGCCGACCCGUCCAUGGUCAAUUACCACGGUUCUGAGGCGGUGAAACGAUUCAUCCUCACCAUCAUGAACAUGGUUUUCAAUUUGUUUCAACACAAGAGCUUGGGCAUACAGAUCAAUAUCAGAUUGACUAAACUUGUGCUGCUUCAUGAAACACCAUCCGAUAUGUACAUUGGUCACCAUGGUGAGAAGAUGCUGGAGAGCUUCUGCCGCUGGCAGCAGGAGGAGUACGGAAAGAGGAGUGUGAUGUCAGACUUCGGACCUCGGUGGAGGGAAGACUUACUCUCCGUGGAUACGGCAAUUCUAAUUACACGGAAGGAUUUCUGCGUGCACAAGGAUGAACCCUGUGACACUGUAGGCAUCGCCUACCUCAGCGGCAUGUGCAGUGAGAGGAGGAAAUGCAUUCUGGCUGAGGACAAUGGCCUCAACCUGGCCUUCACCAUCGCUCAUGAAAUGGGCCACAACAUGGGCGUGAGCCACGACAACGACCACAAGUUGUGUGCAGACGGUCUUCAUAUCAUGUCAGGCGAGUGGGUCAAAGGUCAGAACCUGGGCGACGUUUCCUGGUCCGACUGUAGCCGCGACGACGUGGAGAAGUUCCUCCGGUCCAAGGCCAGCAGCUGCCUCCUCCAGACCGACCCCCUGAGCCUGAACUCUGUGAUCCUGCCGGUCAGACUCCCUGGGAUGACAUACACGGCGGACGAACAGUGUCAGAUCCUCUUUGGGGCUGCCGCCUCCCACUGCCAGAGCAUGCAGUAUGUGAUGUGCUCAGGCUUGUGGUGCCGGGUGGACGGCGAGAAGGACUGUAAGACCAAAUUGGACCCGCCCAUGGACGGCACAGAAUGUGACACAGGAAAGUGGUGUCGUGCUGGGGAGUGUGUGAGCAGGACCGUGACAGUAGAGCCAGCCAUGGGGGAGUGGAGUACCUGGGGAUCCUGGGGAGCCUGCAGUCGAACCUGCAGCACGGGCAUCAGCGGACGCCAGCGCAAGUGUGAGAGUCUCAGUGGGAAAAGCCAGGAUUGUAUGGGCCCCCGAAUGCAGUACAGGCUGUGCCAGAACCCACCCUGCCCUGAGGGGAUUCCCAGCUUCAGAGAUCAGCAGUGUCAGACCUUCAACCGCCCGUCUUUACACUGGCACUCCAUCAUGGAUGAUGAGAGGCCUUGUACUUUAUUUUGUUCCUCCACAGAAAAAGAGCAGCCCCGCCUCCUGGCUGAGAAAGUUCUGGAUGGGACAUCUUGCGGUCCUCAUGAGUCAGGCAUCUGUGCCAACGGGACAUGUCAGAAGGUGGGCUGUGACAGCGUCCUGGGCUCCACGUCGCGGGAGGACCACUGCGGUUUGUGCAAUGGCAACGGCCGAUCCUGUCGGGUGGUCAAGGGAGAUUUCAACCGCACCAUCGGAGCAGGCUAUGUGGAAGCAGUGGUCAUUCCCAAAGGGGCCAGAAGAAUCAGAGUGGUAGAGGAAAAGCCUGCGCAGAGUUACCUGGCACUUAAAGACACAAGCAAGCAGUCCAUCAACAGUGACUGGAAGAUUGACCACCCGGGCGCCUUCCGCCUGGCGGGGACCACGGUCCACUAUGUCCGGAGAGGAUUGUGGGAGAAAAUGUCCGCCAAGGGCCCCACCACCUCGCCGCUGCAUCUAAUGGUGCUGCUGUUCAAUGAGCAGAACCAGGGGGUCCAUUAUGAGUACACCAUCCCCACAGAGGCUGGCACGGAGCCCCAGAGGGGGCCAGGACCAGGGGCCAAGCCCAGCGAACCCCUCUUCAUGUGGACCAACUCGGGGUGGGAGGACUGCAAUGCCGUGUGUGGAGGAGGAGAAAGAAAGUCUAUUGUCACCUGCACUAAGAUUUUCAACAAAACAAGUGUGGUGGACAACCGAAAAUGUCGUCAUCUGACCAAACCUGAACCUCAAGUCCGCAAGUGCAAUGAGCAGCCCUGCCAGACAAGGUGGAUGAUGACGGAAUGGACGCUGUGCUCUCGUACCUGCGGUAAAGGCUCCCAGGGCAGGCAGGUGGCCUGCACCCUGCAGCUGGCCAACGGGACCCUGGUCAAGGCCAAGGACGGCGACUGUGCUGGCCCCAAGCCGGCUCCCACGCAGCGCUGCGACGGCCAGGACUGCCUCACUGUGUGGGAAGCUGGCGUUUGGUCCGAGUGCUCUGUUAAGUGUGGGCGGGGGGCGCGACAUCGCUUGGUGAAGUGCACCAACCCACGGAAGAAGUGUGACCUGACCACCUUGCCCCGCGAGACAGAGGAUUGUGAGGACUACUCCAAGUGUUUCAUCUGGAGGACCGGGGACUGGGCCAAGUGCUCAGUCACCUGCGGAAAAGGCAUGCAGUCACGGGUGAUCCAGUGCAUGCACAAGAUCACUGGCCGCCACGGCAAUGAGUGCUUCUCGUCGGAGAAGCCGGCAGCAUACCGGCCGUGUCAGCAGCAGCCAUGCAACGAGAGGGUCAACGUCAACACCAUCACCUCACCGCGCCUCGCCGCCCUGACCUUCAAGUGCUUACGGGACCAGUGGCCGGUGUACUGCAAAGUCAUCCGGGAGAAGAACCUCUGCCAAGACAUGCGCUGGUAUCAGCGCUGCUGUGAAACGUGCCGGGACUUUUACGCACAGAAAAUGCUGCAGAGGAGUUGACCCGACCCCUGAACCCCUCCUUCCAGGGGUCAACCAAGGUGUUGAAAAAGUGGUUCCUAUUUAUGUAUAUCAAGUGCACUUAUUGCAACACACGGAACGAAAUGAACAUAAACGCGUUUUGAGCGAACCAGUGGCAGAUUAUAAGCACUGUGAACGUGUCAUUAGUGCGUAGUCAUUAGUAUUGAGUCCGUACUGUGUCAUGUUAACAGUGUUGAGUCCAUACCAUGUCAUUUUAAUGUUAUUGAGUCCAUACUAAGUCAUAUUUAUGGUACUGACUCCAUACCAUGUCAUGUUUUUGGUAUUGAGUCAGUCUUAGGAAGUGUACCUCUUUAAGUACAACAAACUACAUGGACCAUUUGAGGGCAUAAUUGUUGGCCAGGCUUGACCUGGCCUCCGUUGAGCUGAUAUAGAACCACGAAAGAAUUCAACUUUUAGAUACUUUUUUAUUUUGAAUGAUGUUAAAUGGUGCUACUAUUUUGUAAAUGUCUUACUAUUUUCCAUACUGUAUUAUGUACUCUUAUUUAUCUACAUCCAUGUCACAUCAGGCAACAUCCAUCCAGGCAUAUUGUACAUUGAGACCUAAAGCACCCAUUGAUUUAAUUUACCCUGUAUCUUGUAGCUAAUGUAAAAGCGCAAAAAGGGCUAAUCAUGCUUAGCCCAGAACUCAAAUGUUUAGGAAUAGGUCAUAUGCUUCAUUAAGUUCUGGGUUCGUGUUUGCAGAGGUAUCGGAAUUGGGAUGUAAAGUUCCUCAACUUUCCCUUUCGGGUGAAUUACAUGCAUGUCUCAGACGAAAUGUGCCUCUCCUUGUCCGUCAUGAAAAAUGCUAAUACUUGGGAACUUGUGAUUUGUCCAAGGCACUGUAACUAAUGCUGGUAGAUAUGGAGCUGUUUCAUAACAGAUCUACAAUGCCGUUUAUCUUUACCUAGUGUAAAUCAGGCGUGCCAUUCAUCUUUACACAGUGUAAAUGAAGCAUAUCAUUCAUAUUUACGUAGUGUAAAUCAAGCAUACCAUUUAUCUUUACCUAGUGUAAAUCAAGCAUACCCUUUAUUUUUACCUAGUGUAAAUCAAGCAUACCCUUUAUUUUUACCUAGUGUAAAUCAAGCAUACCCUUUAUUUUUACCUAGUGUAAAUCAAGCAUACCAUUAAUCUUUACCUAGUGUAAAUCAACUGUACCAUUUGACCAAAGUCUACUGAUACGCACGGUUUAUACCGUAAAUCCUAGUCUAAUGUUUAUCUGACAACCUUUGUAUCUAGAAGGACCUUUGUGGUGUAAUUUUAGCAGACACUUUUUGAGAGAAACUUACUGGAGCAAUUAGGGUUAAGUUCCUUGCUCAAUGGCACAACUGCGGCUAUUUCGCCUUGUCAGUUUGGGUAUUUGAACCAGAAACCUCACAGUUUCUGGCCCAAGGCUCUAAACACUAGGCUAUCUACCCCGCUUAUUUCAUUACCUUAGGAUGUGUGUAUGACACGAAAUGUUCAUUUCUGUUUAAGCGUUGAUGUCUGCUUGUUGUAGAGCUGCUGUUGAGACGCUGGCUUUCAGCCUUGAGUAAAUAUAUGUGGUACUGUAUGUUUAAUCUAUUAUAAACAGCAUUCACAAUACCGUGCGUAUUGAAGCAACACUGAAUACAUUACAGCUACAAAUGUCCAUUUGAUUGAUGCGAUUUAGGGCUCAGAGCGUUGAGCUCUUUAUUUGUUAUUUGUGCAUUUUGGCUAAAUGUCAAACACCAGGGUGACCGUGGAGGCGGUCAGAUAAUUAUUGAUACUAAUAACGACAACAAACACAUUCUUAUGGUGAACAUAUUAUUUAGCUUUAAUGUCUCCUCAUAGUUGUUCUUGUGAGCGGAGAUGAGUGAACAUUUGUGAUCUAUAGGCUUAACGUGAAGUGAUUCCAAAACGGCUGAGGUUUCCCGAGGAGAAAUGGCCUUAUUGUAACAUUUACAAAAUGAAUCUUGUCUGUGCAUGUGUAAACAGUAGGGCUGACUUGUUUGGAUUGAAAUCUCUGAUUGACAGCGGGGUCGUGAUACGACAGAACAGUGUUUAAUUAAAGCAAAUGGUGCUGUGCUGGAAGUCCAGCUUAUGAAUGUGUGAUUUUGGUGGCCCAGAGGGAGAUUGCAUGUUGUUCGCUACAUGGGUUAUGAUCACGUCCAUUGAUCAGGCCACUCCUCGCCACACCCACAAAACGUACCUCAAAGGCUGUUCCAGAAGGUACAUGUGGUUGUUCUGAAAACCUGUGGUUCUGUACAACCCAUCACACACAACAUAGCAAAUGUUGAAUCAAACGUGCUCCAAUUACAUAUAUGAACCCCCCAAAGUUUGGUUUUGGAUUUCAGUGUCUUCAGAUAGGGUUUCUAAAGGGAAGAAUUACAAAUUUUAGAUCAAACGAUCUGUAUCACUAUUUCCAUGUUUUAGAAGAACUAAAGGGACUCAAGCUUAGACGUAAAUAACAUUUUCUGCAGAAUAGUUGAGGAUUUCAAUGUUCACUCUUUAAACAAGACAGACAAUCGAGCAGGGAUCAGCCUUUGAUUUGCACGUUUCUGAAUACAAUCUUAGCUUUGUUGACCAAUUAUAAUGGUCUGGAGUAUUUGAAAACGUAGUGGCCUUGAACUGAGAUUUGGGUUUUAUUUUUAUAGUUUUUUCUUGCUGUUAUUAUAAUUUUUUUAGUUUACAAAUUUUUCUCCCCACUUUCGGGAUAUCUGAUUUGUGAUUAAGUCUCUGCCACAUCACUGAAACAGUCAAUGUCAAGAUAUGUGUCCUCUGAAGCAAAUCUAAUGAUGUCCUGGUCCCUGUCACUGAACAUUCAACACACAACCAGGAGCUCUAUGCUGUAAUCCUUAUGCGCCGGAGGGAACACAUUCUCCAGUCUUAAACUUUCAUUGAGGUUUUGGGUGCCCAAGCCGCCACAAGGAGUCCCUUGAUCAUGAUGGCGCAUAACAACCAUAUUUUUCUAAGGCAUCGGUAUUUUGUCAAUAUGCAUCUCCUCUGGAGCUUCCAAUCAUGUCAGCCAAUAUUGCCGUCAAACCGAGACAGUGGUGAACAGCUUGGUCGUACCAAAAAGUGCCAUAGGCUGCUGUCACCAGGACCCCAUAAAGUGUUUGUUCUGAGGACCCAAAAAAUAAAAUUGUACUGAAGGUAUUUUCUAUUGAAAGUAUAAAUUGCCCCACCAACGUUUUGGAUUGCAUUUAUACUGGACAUCAGCACAGGUAAGCGUUUUCAGAUCAGAUGUUUUCUAUUCAAAAAGUGUUGAUUCAAAGGCUGGUUGAACGCUCCACAAAGCUCUAUCUUGACAUAAGAGAAAGUUGAGAUCCUCAACCCACCUAGACCACGGCCCGUCUUAGCUGUGUGGAAGUGGAUGAGUCCCAAAGCUUUGUCUGUGAAAGUCUGUGUGAGAAUGACAACGUCAACGCUGCAGUGCUGCUACACUGCAAAAGGUCAAUCUGCUGUAACUCUUUCCAGUGAAUCACUUUACACCUCUCUACUUUAAUAGAGAACCGUUUCUAGUGUAUCACUUCAAUAUCCUCUACGUUAACAGAGAACUGUUUCUAGUUUAUCACUUCACAGCCCUCUACUUGAAUAGAGAACCGUUUCUAGUGUAUCACUUCACAGCCCUCUACUUGAAGAGAGAUAUUUUAGAACUAACUAACUGUACAUACUGUACCGACACUGAAAUACUACUGCACUUGAAUGGGUUUCCAUGGCUUAGGGGAUGAAGUCCCCACACAAACUGAUCUAGGUUCAGUUUCCCUUACUGCAAGCCUGACGUGAAUGGUGAGUGAAGAGAAUUAUAAACUGACCCAUGAUCAGUGUUUAGGUGCAACAUUCCUACUCCGGUUCCAACGAGACCACAGCCUAGUUGUCACAUGGUGCCCAAAUACUGCUUGGUAAUAAAUUCUGUCAUUGGUUGUAAAGUUGAAUGUCGUUCAAUAAGAAUUUCAAACCAUUUCUCACUGUCAGACAUUUUUUGUAUUUUUAUAAAUCGCUCAUACAUGCCUAUAUGUAGCAUUGCCUCCUUUGUGUAAAAAUAAAACAGGUUAUCUGUUACUUA